GUGCUUUGCGGAUGAUUCGAUUUCGAAAGCGCAUGGAGGGAGAGCGCUCGCUGGUCGAGCUCGAGCUCAAGGGCCUCGAGGAGGUCUCCACCGCCAGAAUUCGUCCGAGAGAGUGGUGACGACUGCCUGGCGGAUGCAGUGGAGAGGGAGGAGCGAGUGAUUGUUCGGGCAAUGGCGAAUGAGAUAUGCGGAAGUGAGGAGGAGCGACCGCGGAUGAAUUUCAGGCGAUGGAUGGACGAGCAGAUUCGAGUUUGGCGGAGCGGUUUUCCUUGAGGUAGUGUGGCGAUCAUAGUAAAUGUGAAUGAUGAGUUGUGGUUGCGGGUUGGUAUGCGCUGAAGAAGGAGCUGAGGAGGAGCAGGAGGAAGAGGAGGAGGAGGAGGAAACAAGGGAGCGGAGGUCGGAAAGGGAAGGUCCGUAAGCAGUUGCAAUGCAGGGAGAUGUUUUGCUAGACAAGGAGAAUGUCGGACCUAGAGGGAGCGCGGCAUGGAGCCAGCAGGCGAUGGUGGCAAAGAACAGAGGAUUGGGGGGAGGAGCAGGGCACGACGUGGUUCGAAAGGAGAAAUCGGGAGUUCUCGCUUCCAAUGCCACGACCAAUAAUGGAGGUGGAGCGGCAGGUCUUGGUUCUUUGGAGUCCCUGAAGGAGAGGGUCAAGCUGCUGACGUUGAGUAAGACAUCGAAUGGAGCAUCAUGGGAUCCGGGUUCCAGGCUGCUCAAGCAUAGAUCUCCGCUGGUGGACAUUAAAGCUACUGAAGGGUUGGUCAAUGGUUCCGGUGGAGGUCUCUCUUCGAAGGAUGGCAUGGGAUUUGCAACAGCUCAUGACCGCCAUCCUUCUCAUUCCCAAGAAAUUCCAAGCAUCUCCAAAGUGUCUCAUCCUAGGCCGAGUACUUCUGAACAGCAUGAUACUGAUCUCAAAAGCAGUCUACACUCCAAUGGAGGUCAUGGGGGUUCGAAGUUGAAUGCGCUGAAGAAAGGGAAUGUUCUAGAAUUGUACGAGGAAGAUAUAGCACAGUCGCGGGAUAGGAGAGAAGCCAGUCGGAGCAGGGUCGAGGCAUGGGUCAACGCAUUUGGGCAUACGCCCAAAACCAGAGAAUCGACAUCACCAGAACGAUUUGCUACUGACCAGAAUGUGAAAGCUAGCCGAAGCUUUGAAAAGCAUCAGAUAGAGAGCAGGACGCAGAAGUCGCAAAGUUUAAGCACAAGCAGGGAUGGUGGUCCAUGGAGUGGUGCGAAGAGGCAGGGGACACCAUAUAAACUAAGGCCACUUCUAGAAGAGGAGAAAGUAGGGCAAAUGACACCGGAGAAUGAAGCUCAAAGAAACGAAAUUGAGGUUCGAGUUGCUGCGGGUCAUGGUUCUCCCGUGGCUUCGAGGUCUUUAAAUAUAUCUCAGUGUAGAGAUGUGGAGUAUUCCAAAGUACAUGGUGAGGAGGACAAAUUCGGAGUCAGGUCAUCUACCGAGAGAGGUUUGAAUCCUUUUGGUAGUCAAUCAGCAGAUAGGGUUAGUGACAGACGAAGGUCAGAAUAUUACGCCUGUGGUUUAUCAGCACCUGCAGAGAUCCAAAGUGCUCCCGUCUUGGACACAAGUCGGAGGGCUCUCAACGAGAAGAUUACCUUCUCAGAAAGUAUCAGGCUUACCAGAACCAGUGGAGUCUGGAGUCAUUCAAAGGAUGUUCAUUCCACGCAAGAAGAUUCUUACGAUAAGGAGUGUUCUAAGUGGCAUUCAUAUCAUACUAACAUGGAUGCCACCGCCAUUGCUCCCAGUUCGUCCUUCUUGUUGUCUGUAAUGACAGGAGCCAGCAGUAGUGGGAGUAGUGCCACGCCAGGUUUGAGUGAGGGUUCCUCCAGAGACGAGGACACAGUCGCAUAUCCAGAAAGCUCAAAGCAAACGCCUUCUUCCAAAGAGCACGCGAUUCCGUCAUCUCGCGAACGAAUGAUCAGUCGAUCCAGGAUUAGCAAACGGUUGAAACCUCUGGGCCCAGCAUCUAGGUUGUUACUAUCAGGACCCGCUCUCCGUGUUCCUAUUGACAGUGAUGGCAGCAUUACAUCUAAAGACAACAGAUCUCCAAACAGCUCGAACCUAAGUCCAAACGUACAGUCUUCUCCCAACAAAGUUGCUGCCAGUAUCACCAAUUUGCCUUCACCGAUUACUCCAGAGGAAGCCCAAAAAUGCCGAGAUGUUUUUGGGCUGGUGGAUAACGAUCUGCUAGCAGACUUGAAAAAGAGGAAGGCAGAGGAUGAUCCAUCUAUUGGGGAAGUUUCUCAGGUUGAUAAUGAAUGCAGCAGCGGAAACAAAAUUCCCGUUGAAAGAAGCAUCCAAUCUGCAUCGCAAUUAUCCAGUGAUCGGCUCGACGAUGCACGAAGGAGCAAUUUGCUGGGUCUCAAGGCUUCUCUGUCUAAAGAAUAUCAUAGACCACUACAAAAGGGUGAAGAAUUUGGAGCUGGGCAUCCAAGUUUCCAGAGAGGAGCUGAAUCAACAAGUGUUGGCGAUUCUCAGUCCUCACAACGUGAAGCUGGAAGAGCUUCAUUACUUCAUCGUUCUGCUGAUUUAGCAUUGAGUUCCAAGGGAGUGUUACUGAAGGUACAUAAUCAUGAUGCUGGCACAGCAGCUAGCAGAUUGUCUGGGGGGAUAUCAGAGAAGCCUCUGAAUGGUUUGGAUUCACUGCAAAUUUCCAGAAGUAUGGGGAGUCGCGAGCAAGGGCACUUGGCUCAGGUGAAGCAGCCCGCUGAUGCAGUCGGUCGUUUUGCCAUCAACUUGCCUGUAAGCAAUUUACAGGUCGACCCGAAGCACUCGCCCUCCUUGGAUGCCCGUGCGAGAUUCGCAGAGACAGAGGGAAGCCGAGUCUUGUCUGGGAAAGGAAGCGCUGAAGCAAAAGAGGGAAAUGAAGCUGUUAGUAUGUCUCAGGAUGGUUUGUCUCUUAGGGACAAAAGUGACACCAGGCCUGCAUCUGUCCAGGAUCUGUCUAAUUCUCUGGGUUCAUUGUCUCUUGGAGAUGUGCAAAGCAAGGUUCAGGGCAGACUUCCACUUCAAAAUCUUGUGAAUACUUCGUCGUCACACCCUCCUGGUGUCCCUGUAAAUCAAGCAACCAGUAAGCGCCAGGAGAACAUCGGAGUUGUUCAUAACACCUCAAAUUCUUCUGGGAAAUCUGUAGUAACCUUUGAAAGUAAACCUCAAAAUUCAAAGAGUUUACCCUGUGAGAAACCGAGAGAAGAAUUGAGUGAGGCAUCCGAGGAGUCCCACAUGAAGGAGCCGAAAGUAGAAUGCGGCCUGAAACCAGUUCAUGCAGAGAGAUCCGAGGCCGAUGAUUCGAGUGCACAGCGUUCAGGUGAGGACCAACCGAAAGAUGAUGGAGAAGGAUCUGCAGCAGUGAUCAAGCGGAAAGUGAUGGAAGACGAAAAAUUUUUCUGGGUUAACGAUAAAAGGUAUCAAAAAUUGGGAAUGAUAGGUAAGGGUGGCAGUAGUGAAGUAUACAAGGUUAUUGAUAGCGAGUUCUCUAUCUAUGCCUUGAAGAAGAUCACAUUGGGAGGGCGUGAUCACUCUACGGCCCGAGGUUUCUACCAAGAAAUAGAAUAUCUGGAGCGUCUUCGAGGAAAGCGACAUAUUGUCCAACUGAUUGACUGCGAGGUCACUGAUGGUUUUGUGGUUGAGGAGACCUGUGGGGACGAAAAAAUCCAAGAAGAUGUCUGUAUAUACAUGGUACUGGAAUUUGGAGAAAUAGAUCUUGCCGGGAUCUUGAGCAAGAGGCGAAAGGAAAUGUUGGAAAGCAAUGAGCCUCUAGAUGACAAUUGGAUUCGCUUCUACUGGAAGCAUAUGUUGUCAGCUGUGAAGACUAUCCACGAUGAGCGUAUCGUACAUGCGGACCUCAAGCCGGCCAACUUCUUGCUGGUCAAGGGAGAACUGAAGUUGAUCGACUUCGGAAUUGCAAAAGCCAUACAAACUGACACGACACACGUUGUGCGAGAUUCACAGGUUGGUACUUUAAAUUACAUGUCUCCAGAGGCACUCAUCGACAACAGCAAGGAUGAGGACGGUCGAGUAUUCAAAUGUGGUCGAUCUUCAGACAUUUGGUCUCUAGGUUGCAUUUUAUACCAGAUGGUUUACGGGCACACUCCUUUCUCCCAUAUCCGAUCAAUGUACCGGAAAAUUCAGGCCAUAACUUCCAGUAACUUUAGUAUAGAAUAUCCACCCAUCAGGGACCCAUGGUUGUUAGAUGUCAUGAAGAGGUGUUUGACGUGGGAUCGUCAUCUCCGUCCUGACAUAGCGCAGUUGUUACUACACCCUUUUUUACGCCCUGACUUGGCACCACACAAAUAGAUAAUUGUGGUGUCAGUCUCUCAAUUUUGAGAUAUUUUAAAUUCUUGGUUUCUUUGUAUUCUUCUCUUUUCUGUUCAUCUACAUGAACAACUAUUAAAGGAUGGCAGGCGAUCUAUUUCUGCAGAGAAAAGUGCUAGGCACCUUUGGGCGAGUUUCCGCCUAUCAGGAUAAUGUGUCAUAGAAUUAGAGAGGCUCACCCCUCGCUGUCUUUCUCUUGUACUUAUAUUGCGGAGGUUUACAUCUCUGCUGGUUUUCACUAGAUUUUUCUUUUCCAUAGGUUUCUGGGACUCCCCUUCUCCUCUAUUUUCCCUUGUAUUCAGGGUGUAAUCUUUUGGAUCCUGAUAGUCUUCUUAUUAUCAUUUCAAGGUUCUCUUACCAAAUCCUCUGAACUUUGAACAGAAUGGGCAUGAAACGGAGGUUCAUCCCGAUGUUAUAAUGGGAUUGCGCAGAGUGGUGCAUACGUAUUGUGCAUAGACAUCUGGACUGUUGUAGUAAACCCGCUUUCCG